CUUUUCAUCGGAGUCAUAAUCUCCAACAUUAGGGCUCAUGGGUCCAACCCUACAUCCCCUCCUCUUAAAAAGAAAUUAAAAACACAAAAAACCCUUGUCUCGUUGUCUGAUUUCUUCGUCGUACCUUUCUAACGCUCCUGCAAACCCUCCCAUAAACUCCAACACAAAUCAAAACCACCUCCCCCCUUCUAAAGAAAUACUAGUUUAAUAGUUUAACAAAUGGACGCAUAUCAGCAACAGCAACCACACCGUUACAUGAGACCACCGCCGCCGCCACUACCAUCCCAACCGCCACCCCCUGCGGAUCCCCACCUCCAAUACCACCCUCAAUACCACCACCAACCACCACCGCCGCCCCCAAGAGCAGCUGCACCGCCACCACAGGGCUCAUGGUACUCCAACCAAUUCCACUACCAGCAACAUCACAACCAAUCACACUCUACCCCAUCACCUCCUCCUCUACCUCAGCAACACCCUUCCCACUGGGGUCCACCUCCUCACUCCGAUCAUUCCGCUUAUCCUCCGCCCGCUCCUCUUCCUUGUCCUGCGCAUCCCCAUAACGCAAGUAACCACUUCCCUCCACCUCCUCCAAUACCGUACCUGCCUCCUGCUCAGAUUCCCCAUUCUUUCUCUCAAGUUAAUCAGGAAUGGAGCAAUCCAAAUUGGUCUCAUCACCAAGUGCCAGCCCACAACAACGUGGAAGAUUGGGGAGCCAAAGCUAGAGAAUGGGCGAAAACCAGGGCUGCCAUGCAGGACCAGCCAGUGCAAUCACAAAUUACUCCAGCUGGCAGGCCAGAAGAACAAAAUCGUUUUCAUGAUCCAUAUUCACAAGCUGUUGAUUCUCAUCAUAUGGAUGCUCAACAGUUACUGGUGGCUUCUAACUAUCAGCAGUUCCCUGUUCCAGCAGCAUCUCCUCAUAGACCACCAACAAUUUAUCCUAAUGAGACUUUGUCUAACAGCUCUGGACCAUCUUCAUAUAUUCCUGAUGGGCGUCUACCUUACCAUGCUAGAGAUGGAACUUCAGCUCUGGAUCCGAAGAGUGGAUUUCUUCUCCAAGAAAGUUUGCCUACGAGUUCAUCUGUUCAUCAGCAGGAGGUACCUUCUAGUUAUUCUUCUGUUUCAGGGAAGGAAGAUUCUGCAAAUCAAAAGGAGCAGUCAUAUAAGACAUUGCCCUUGCCCAUUUCAUCAGCUCAAGAGGCAGUGUAUCAUAUGCAACCUGCACUGCCUGAUAUUGGUAGAUCAGUGCUGAGUGAACAAUCCUUCGUGUAUGGCACUCAGACGGCAGAUCCUGCAGCUGAUCUUAGUGACCGGCCUUUAGAUUUUGCACCUAGAUUUAAUAAUGACCAUGACCCACAGAUGCAGUCCAAUUAUGCUGCUCAUCAUGAAUCAAUGGGAACUGUGAGAGGCAUUGAUCCUACUGCUGCUGCAUCUUCAAUUAACUCUUGGACUCCUCCAGUAGCACCUGGUGCAGUUUUCCCUCCACUCCCUCCUGUUCUUCCCCCAGGACCACAGCAUGAUCCAUCCCUGGCUGUGCCUUCUCCUGUUUCUGGACACACAGCACCUUCAUUUCCAAGGUUUCCUGGGCCAAGUUUUCAGCCAUCCAUUCCAUCUGCCAGUGCUCCUUUUGGUCUUGGUACAGGAGCUCCGCUUCAACCUACAACAGCCUUUCCUGGUGAUACAUAUGGAGCCAUUUCCGAACGACCCAAAAAGGGUCCAGUACCUAAUUGGCUUAAAGAAGAAAUAUUAAGGAACAAAGCAACUAUAGCUAAGUCUUCUCUGGAACAGUCUAAAGAGGAAACACAAUCCAUUGAGGAUGAAGCUGUUGAUAAAUCCUUGGCUAAAGGUGAUCAAGCAGAUAGCAAAAGCAUUGAUUCUUCUAGAUCAACUGAAGAAGAGGAUGAUGAUGAGGAUUAUGUAGAAGCAGCUAGAACUGCAGCUAUUAACCAGGAAAUAAAACGGGUGCUAACUGAAGUCCUUUUAAAGGUCACAGAUGAGUUGUUUGAUGAAAUUGCAACCAAAGUUGUAAACGAAGAUGACUUGACAGUUGAAGUUGACCACAACACUGUUGCUUCAAAUUACAAGGUAUCACCAUCUGCCUCUCCUGUCCCAACUCCUAAGGCUUCUGCAAGGGUACUAGUUCCAGGUAAAGCAAAGGAAUCAGACACUGUAGGUGUUGGAGAAAAAUCUAGUUCAAGCUCCCCUGGCAAUGUACUGGGCCUUGCAAAUUAUGCCUCUGAGGAUGAGGAUGAAAAUGAAGAUAAUGAAAUUCAAAGUUCCAGGAUGCUAGAUUCAAGGAGUAAUGCUGCUUUUGUGCCGUCCAGUGUUAAGAAGCUUUCACAAGACAAUGAUGCGUCAGAGAAUAGCAAUUCACAGGUAGAACUUGAUGAACACAAUGGAGUUGAAAAGAAUUUUGGAAGUGAUGUGAGGAGGUUAAAAAACAAUAGAGACAAAACUACUGCUGAAUUGAGUGAUAAUAGUGCAGAUAGGAACCAUGACAAGUCAUUUUCUUCCAAGGUGGUUUCUGGAGAGGAGAUUAAUUUUAGUAGUGGAAAACUGCAGGAAAGAAAUAAUGAUUCUGGGUUGAAUGAUACUUUAGGAGAGCAGGUGAUAAAGAAAUCUGAUUAUGGGCUGCCUGACACAAAUACUGGUAAAAGAUCAACAAAAUCUGAAUCUCAAGGUAGGGAAACAAGAUUAAAAUCAGACAAGAAUGAUCGACCUGAAAGUAGAAAGAGUUCUUUUCAGAAAGAUCCUGGUGGUGGUAGGGAGUUAGAGGUCAGGAGUAGGGAAUAUGAGAAGGGAGUUGAGAAUCAUCUGAGAGAGGAUGAAAGGCUUCGAAAGCAAAAGACAGAAGAUCGAAAUGGCUCAAAAGAGAGAGUAAAAGAGCAUAAGACUGGGGAAAAAGCUAAGGAAUCUGACAAAAGAAAAAGAUCCAACCAGCUCAAUUUCAAGGAUGACAAGAAAGAUGCAGAGAAAUCUCAUAGAGCUAGUGCCAAAGAAGAUGUUGAUAGAAAAAGAGAACGAACAAAAGAAGAGGAUAGAUCAAGACAUAAACAUGGAAAUGACUCAAGCAGGCACAAGAGAAGACGCUCCUCGUCCAUUAGCAGUAGAGGCAGAAACAGCAAGGAUAACUCCAGUGGUCAUGCUAAUGACUCAAGUGAUGAAGCAUCAGAUGGUUCUAAGAGGAAGCUGCAUUCAAGAAAGCGUCACUCAUCCCCUUCACCUGUCAGGUCUAGAAAAAGACAAGUUUCGCGGUCACCACAUAGCAAGCAUUCUCAGCGCAGGCAUUCUCCCUACUCUUCUUUUGAGACUACCAGGUAUGUUACCAUGCAGUCAGUAGAAUUAGAUUAAGUGUUUUUGAGACAUCACAACCAUCAUCAAAACAGCAUGCAACUCAGGUGAAAGGAUCAGGGCUCCCAAUCUUCAACUUUAUAGGUUGUCUAGUUUGUCUAAUUUACAAACUUAUUUUGCAGGGGAAGGAGGUCAUGAUCCAGAUCACCUGUUUGGCGAUAUCGAUGAUUGAAAUGAAGAGUUUCAUUUGGUUGAUACAGGUUUAUGAGCAUACAAGACAUUUCUGUUUUGUGACAAUCAUAGGUGGAUGUUCCCUCAAUCUGGAUAUUUCUCUGCUUCAGUUGUAUUGGAGUGGAGCAUGUGGGUCAAUUACUCCAAGGUCAAGUGGAUGCAUGAUCAAAGAGGAAAUGGAGACGGGCUGCUCUGCAGGUUAACUAAGAGGACCGGGUUUGUACAUCUCAAGCAUGAUGAUGAGCCUUGCAAGAUAUUGUUGAGGAUUCUAGUAUGGAAAAUAUUUCCGUAGCUUGCAUAGUUAUUGAUUUAAUCCUUCCCAGUUUGUUGGUCCUAGGCAUGUAUGAUUUCUUGUUGUAACUCGUAUGGUUUCGUGUAAUUCAGUUGCUAGCCAGCACUUGGUUUCUGUA